CACGUGGAAAGAAGAAGAAGCUGCCCGCCUUGAUGACUGGCGGCGUUCCUUGCUCCGUCGACAUCCUGGCUGAAAAUACGGCAACCAAGGCGGAGGCCGCGGCGUCUACCGGCGACGAUGCCGCGGUGCCGCUGUCGGCGAACCAGUCCAUCGAGCAGUACCCGGGCGAGAAGGCCAUGGAGGCUCUGCGCAACUGGCAGCCUUCGGUGCGCGGAGGCACGCCGGCCUCGCCGGCCUCGCCGCAGACGCUGGAGCUCGCGACGCCGCCCAUCCAGCAGGGCGGUGGCGCCUGCCUGACCAGCUGCAUUCUCGUCGCCUGCCUGGCAUCGUGCGCCGCCGGCACCACGCUGGGAUACGCGUCCACGGCCGCGCAGUCCAUCGAGCUCCAGCCCUGGUACACGCUCGAGCGCCGGUCGCCCGACAACCGCUGGUUCGCCGACCUGCUGCUCCUAGCGGCCGCGCCCAGCGCACUCACCACGGGACUGCUACUGGACAUGGUGGGAAACCGGUUGACGCUGUUGCUGGCCUCCUUUGGCCUGCUGGCCAGCUGGGUCACGCUGCUCUUCUGCUCCAACAUGGUUUCGCUGUUCGCGGCACGCAUCACGUCCGGUAUCUUCCUGGGCGCCCUCUCCAGCUGCGUUGGUCUGUAUGUGGCCGAUAUCUGCCCCAGCCGCCGGAGGGCCUUCUUCCUCGGACUGGUAGAGGUGACGCGCAACGCGGGCAUACUGAUGGCCUACGUGCUCGGCUACUGCUGCUCGUGGGAGGUGCAGGCUGGGCUGUGCGUGCUGCCCCCUCUGCUGUUCGUGUGCCUGCAGAGCCGCGUGCUGAACAGCCCCCAGUGGCUGAUGCGCAACGACCUGCUUCCCGAAGCCGCGCAUGUGCUCUACCGCCUGUACGGAACGAAUGUGCCGCCAGAGUUCAAUGUCCGGACAGCGCGCGAUAUCAAGAGCGCGUGGGACAGCGUGCCGGCGGCCACGUCAGCCAGGCGGCUCGCCCUGGGCGUGCUGGUGCAGCUGGUGCCGUGCCUGUCCUGCGUGCAGCUCGUGCUGCUGCGUGCAGUCCAGGUAAUGGAGGUCCUGGUGGCCGACAAGAAGGCGGCGAAGCUGGCGGCGCUAUGGAUGCUCGGAGGUCACGUGGUCCUGUCGGCAGGCUUCGCCUCUGUCACGUGGCUGGCGGGACGGCGACACCUGCUGCUCCUCUCUGCCGUUAUGACAGCCAUGUGCGUGGCCUUACUGCGCCCGCUCGACCACCUCGCGUUCAGCGUCUGGUCCCGGGAAGAGCCACCCGGUCAGACCAACUGGCCUGGCGUGCGUGCCGUCGGCCUGCUGCUGGCCAGCUACUCCAUAGGGCUGUGCCACGUGCCGGCGCUGCUGGUCGCCGAGCUGCUGCCCGGUCGCGUGCGGAGCGUGGGCGUGGCGGGCGCCUGGACGGGGCGCUGGCUGCUCGCGUUCGUGCUCGUGCACUUGGACGGCUGGGUGCUGACGGCGGCCCGCUACAGCGGCUCGCUGCCGUUCUGCGCGGUGCUGCUGGCCUGUGCCGUGGCCGUGUUCGCGCUGGCGCCCGAAACCGAAGGCCGCACGCUCAUCGCCCUCCAGAAGGAGCGCUGAACUGUGGACCUUUUUUUUUCGUAUUCGAGGGACACCCGCAGUGUCGAAAUAUAAUGUAUUUAAUUUGAAGAAAACUUUCGUUAGUAUAGCAAUAGACUCGACCAUCUGGGGAGCCGCUCUCAGUGUUGAAUUAUGUUCGCGUUUUGAUUUUGUUCAGUACAUUUGUUUGUAGCGAGGAAAUCGGUCACUAUAGCUACGUCAUUUUGAUCCCAAGCCAAAGGGAAAUGCGCGUGGGCUGAAGGCAACAGUGCCGUGUGCUGUGAUUGUAUACAUGCUGCGAUUUUAUACGUACGACAUUGUCAGCGUGAAGUUUUGUUUGUUAUUACCGACAUCGAUUACAAUUUCCUUCACAUCUAAUUAUCAAACUUCGAUGUGUGUACCAGUCGCAAAAACAGCGGUAACCUGAUUAAUGGCGUUUAGGUAGUACUACUUCCUUUU